AUGUCCUUUACACUUAAAAAAUCUGUCAUUUUUAUAUCAGGCUGCAACCUGGGAAUUAAUUUACUGGAAAAUGACUUUGGUAAAGAUGUUAUUGGACUAAACGAUCUUGAAACAUUUUUAUCAGAACAAAAGUGUCUUAUUUUAUAUGCAGUUUUAGAAGAAAGUGAGAAAUCUAAAAAAAUAAAGUUUUUUAGAAACGCCGAUAAAAAUAAUUACAGCCGACUUGUUAUACUGAGUAAAGAAAAACCAUGUGUCAUUACAGAAGAAAAUCUUUUUUCAUGUAUCCAAGUAUCGUCCAUAUCAGGACCUCCAACACUAGCUUUAUAUUACUCAAUAAAUAAUAUUUUUACUCCUCUGUUAAAAGAGGAGCACCGUCAAAUUCUGCAAAAGCAUAUUUACAAUAUGAAAACUGAUUUACGUUCUUUUAUACUUACGAACGAUACUGACUGUAUGGAAGAUAUGUCUCAGUCAUUAAUGGUUGUAAACUCUUUGGAACACGAGGUUGAAUAUUGGGGUUCCGGAAAAUGUUCAUCAAAAAAAGAUCAACUGAGCAAAGCUACUAGUGCCUCGUUCAGAGAUAUAUUAGCACCACUAUCUCGAGAUUUUUGCUACUUAGAUGCGCUAUCAUUUAUGGAAGUAGAAGAUACUCUAGAAAGAGCACACAAUGUUUUGGAUGAUUUAUGGAGACAUGAACCUCCAUAUCCUAAAGAUAGAAUCAAACAUUUAAUGCAAAUUAUUGGACAAGAUAUUUGCAAGUAUAUAUCAAAACAAAUUGAAAAACAUAACUUUUGGGAUGAUGAAUUUAAUAAAGUUACAGAAGUAGUUUACCAGUUAAUAAACAUUGGUGAAAAGUGGUUAACAACAUGCAAACAACUAACUGAAAUAUUUUGGCCAAAUUAUUCUGAUCAUAUGUGGAAAGAUGAUAUUUACGUACCCAUUGAACUCUAUAAUUAUGUUCAAAUUUUACAUGAGGCCAUAAAUAUUAAAACUCUUCAUAAACAACUUAUAAGGCUACUUACUCCUGAAGAACAAGAAGAAAUGAAAACUAAGGAAAUGUUUAAUCCACUAAAGGAAACAAAUAUUUUUAACUAUGGGGAAGUCUUACCGAAUACUUUGAUUAUAGCUAAAAAACAAUUUGAAUUACUUUUAGAACCAGCUGAAAAAUGUGUUGCUAUGAAAUUAAAAAAACAGUUGUCCACCCUAAAUGCCAAUACCAGACAGUUACUCUAUGAAUUUUCACGCUAUGCAGAAAUAAUUACAAGACCUAUCCUCAAACAAGCUCUUUUAUCAGAAAGACAAUUUUUACUGUCUUCUUUAUAUGAAUACAUUAAACUACUACAAUCAAAAAUAAACUCUGAAAACAAUAAUUUUUCAAAUGACAUCGAGUUAUCUACAACUCUAAAAGAUGUUGUUUUGGUAAAACAAAUUGAGACAAGGGUAAAAGAAGUAAAGAAUAUGGCCGAGAAAAUUUUAAAUGAUUUAGAUGGGUAUGACAGUAUAAAUCAGCAGGUAAAUGAAAUACUUGUGGAUCUGAAACAACAACAUAAUGAACUGUUUCAAAGCUGGGUUAAUGAAAUAUUAUCAUUGAUAAGUAAUGAUACAUUGAGUCUUAAAGAAACGGAUUCUGUGGUUCAAUUUUCCAAACAAAAAUUUAUGAAAGUGAAUUAUUCCAACCGAUUUGUAAUGUUGAUAUCAGAAGUGAGACAACUAAGAUCUAUGGGUUUUCAUAUUCCAAAUCAAAUCAAGCAAAAAUCUGAUCAUGCGAAGAAGUUUAUUAGACACGCUAGAAUUUUGGAUCAGAUUGCAAAUUUUCACAAUACCAUUGGUGAUAGAAUGAUUCCGUCUUUAAAACCUUUAAUGCUUACAAGUGCUUUGGAAUUAUCCAAAUUGGUCCAAGAGCAAGAAGUUGUUUCAUGGGGAGAUGAGCAAUCUGUAGAAAAGUACGUUUUGUGUUUAAAAAAUGCUGUAGAAAAAUUAUCCAAGGAAAAUAACAUGCUUUCUAUAUACCAUAACCAAGUUCUUGAAAAGAUAAACGAAUUGGAAGAUGUGGAUUUAAUUAAAGAUUAUAGCAAGUGGAAGGAAAAUGUAAGGGUUAUAAGAAACAUAGUCACCCAAGUAGAAGACAAAGGCUUCAAAAAUAUGCAACUAUGGAAAAAUGAUCUUGAUAAACAAAUCUCGAAAUCACUUGAAAAACAAUACAUAAAAAGCCUGAAUACAGUUCAUUUAUACUUGCCUGAAAUUUAUACUAAUUUGGUGUAUAAAAAUGAUGAAAUUAAUUUUUCUCCAAAAGAGGACGAAUUAAGAAAAAUAUACGACCAACAAUUAAAGAAGUUUUUGGAGUUGCCAAAACAAUUUCGUGGUAUAUCUGAAACAUCAGAUAUAAGCAUUUACACCGAUAUUAUAUAUGUUAAAAAUAAGGAAGCAUUGGAUGGUGUUAGUAAACAUACUGAUGAAUUAUUUGGGCAACUACAAUCAGUUAUGAUUCAUUGGAAAUCUUGGAUCCAGUUGGAAGAUUUGGAUAUCAAUAAAUUAACCAAAAGUCAACAUUGGGAUUUACAUUUUCGAAGUUCAAAAAUAUUUGGGCAAGAAGUUGCGAAACUACCAAACACUGAAGAAAAACUUGGCUGUAUUAUUGUUGGGCUAUCCAGAUUAAGACUAGACCUGGAAUUGCAUAAUCGAAAUUACUGGGACCAACUUGUAUAUUCGUUGAAGGAUUCCAUUGCUCAUGAUGUUGUUAAGCUUCAAAAUUUCGUUGAUCCAGCAACUUCAGCCUUAACAAGGCAAUCCGUCACUGUAGAAGAAUUAGCGGAUAUUGGUGUAUCUCAUGGUCAAAUUUUGAAGGAUCUUCCUGAGAUGCAAGAAGUGUUUGAUGAAAUGCUUAAAAAAUCAGUGACACUAUCAAGUUGGUCAAGAGAGCAAGUAGAUUCAGUUAAUAGACUAAAAGGAGCCUGGGAACGGCUACUUAGCUUAAUAGAAAGUCAUCAUACAAUAAUUGAAAAACAGAUGGAUAAUAUUAAAAUGUCGCUAAAUGUGCAAAUUGAAAAUCUGAAUAAAGAACUUGAACUUUUUUCCGCCAAAUGGGAUUUAGAAAGUUCAAACAUUUACUCAAAUAAAAACAAUGCAACUUUGGAAAUGUUAUUGGAGAAAAUCAAAUCUAAAAAAAUUGAAUGGCUGGAAAUAAGUUCUAAAAAAGAUAAAAUAAUAUCCGAUUUUAAUAAAUUUAAUAUUGAUGCCCCAGAAAUGCUGUUAUUUGAUAAACUUGAAAGUAACCUUAACAAGGAUAUAGAUUGUGGAAAUAUCUUUGAAGAAUUUUAUCAAGCGUUUGGUUCUUUAUCAAAUGAAUACUGGAUAGUGUUCAGAAAAAAAAUAUAUUUACUUGAGGAUUUUUUAAAUAUUUGGGAAAACAAACUUAAGGGCGAAGACAACAAUGAAUUACAUAAAUUACUUUUAAAGGAGAUACAGAAGUAUAAGGAUAUUUAUCCAUUGCUUAAAUAUGUUAGAGGGGAUGAUUUUUCUAAUGAACAUUGGAUGGAUAUAUUUGCUUUACUGCAAAUGACGCCCAAACCCAUAGACCAAUUAUUAUUAAAUGAUUGGCUUAACGUUUCAGAAAACAUUAAAGUAAAUUUUAAACAAUUAGAGGCAAUAUCAAAAAAAGCUGCAAGUGAAAUUGUAAUUCGACAAGCUUUAAAUGAGCUGGAUCAGUGGGAUACUCAGGCUAAAUUUUUACUAAUUGAGCACAAAGAUUCCAAAAAUAAAGAUAUUAUGCUUAUUAAGGAAUUUAAGGAACUAUUAAACAAGAUUGGUCAUAAUCAAAGUUUAUUACAAUCUGUAAAAAAUUCCACCGAUAAUAGGUCAUUCUCGGACAAAACUGUUUUAUGGGAAAAUAAACUAACAGAUUUGGAAUUUUAUGUGACAUCACUAGCACAAGUUCAAAGAAAGUGGUUGUAUUUGGAGCCGAUUUUCAGUAGUGGUACAUUAGCAAACGAAAAGCAACGAUUUGAUAGAAUUGAUAGAGACGUUCGAAACAUUUUAAACUUUAUACAAAAAGACAGUCAUUUAAACGCCUUGUGUCGGUUUUCAAAUUUGCGAUCAUUAUUGGACACUAUUACCGAUCAGUUAGCCCGUUGUCAAAAUAGCUUAAACAAUUUUCUUUCGGAAAAGCGAAAUAAAUUUCCUAGGUUUUAUUUUCUGAGCGAUGAAGAUUUAUUGGAAGUGGUCGGUCAAUCGACCAAGGAACACGUAAUACAAUCACACUUAAAAAAGCUAUUUUCUGGAAUAAAUAGUAUUGAGUUUAUGAAUAACAAAAUAACCGCAUUGUGCUCUGUUGAGGGAGAAAUUGUAAAAUUAUCAAAUCCUAUUAACAUCCAACAACCUGUUGAGGAAUGGUUACAUCUUGUGGUUAAAGAAAUGCAAAUCACAUUAAAAGAGCUAUUGGUCCAAUGCCAAAAUGAAAGGGAUGCUCCUGAUCCUCUUACAUAUCCAUCGCAAAUUUUGUGCCUUUCAGAUAAUAUAACAUUUACCUUAAAAUGUGAACAAGCUAUAUCAUCACUAACUUUACCAGCUCUGCUUAAUAAAUAUAAAGCUCAGUUAAAACACUACAGUUCCUUAGAAAUACACGAAUCAGACAAAUUAAUUGCAUCCUUAUCUGAAUUUGGGGAUAACGAUAAAUCAUUAUUAGAAAUUAAACUUAAAGCCCUAUUACUUGACACAAUUCAUCAUAUCAACGUUUUGGAAAACUUAAUCGAUAAUAAUACAUCUAGAGCUACUGAUUGGGCUUGGCAGAAGCAACUCAGGUUUUAUUCAAAUUCCUUAGGAGACGUAACAGUGAAAAUGGCAAAUUCCAGAAUGGAAUAUUCAUAUGAGUAUUUGGGAAAUGCACCAAAGUUAGUAAGAACUCCUCUUACAGACCGAUGCUUUUUAACACUGACACAGGGUCUACAUUUGGGCAUGGGGGGCAACCCAUACGGCCCUGCAGGAACUGGAAAGACGGAAUCAGUUAAAGCACUUGGGCAGCUUUUAGGUCGACAAGUUUUAGUGUUUAAUUGCGAUGAAGGAAUUGAUGCGCUAUCAAUGGGUAGAAUAAUAUCUGGAUUAGUUAGAAGUGGGGCUUGGGGUUGUUUCGAUGAAUUUAAUAGAUUAGAAGAGGCCACUUUGUCGGCAGUUUCAAUGCUCAUUCAACCAGUACAAGUAGCUUUAAGAAACAAUUCCUCCAAACUAAAUUUACUUAACCAGGAGGUGGAUCUUAAUAAACAUUGUGGUAUAUUUGUAACAUUAAACCCUGCUGGAAGUAACUACGGUGGUCGAAAUAAACUUCCAGAUAAUUUAAAACAAUUAUUCAGACCUGUUGUGAUGACACAUCCAGAUCAUGAGGAAAUCGCAAAAUCAUUGCUCCAUUGCGAUGGAUAUCAGAAUCCGUCUGUUUUGGCUGCAAAGAUAAUUGAAAUAUUUGAUCUUUCCAGCUGUUUCGACCUAUAUUGGGUCUCAUCAGUGUCGGGCAACUUGGGGUACUCCCUGAGCUUAUAUGUUCGGUUGGUAAGCCAAGCCAAGCCAAGCCAAGCCAAGCCAAGCCAAGCCAAGCCAAGCCAAGCCAAGCGAGAUGUAAGAACAUCAGGGGAUCCACAUCGUCAAACGACGCGGCCUUUGCCCGACACUGAUGAGACCCAAUAUAGGUCGAAACAGCAGCUGCUGUCUAUCGGAACCAUCCUCGUUGGAUGUAGUCGGUCUAUUAAGUCACGCAAGCUAAAAUCAAAGUCUUCAGAAAGCUUAUCUCUACAUGAAGAAUUUAUAUUGGUGGUUGAGGUAUUAAGAAUGAACACACUGUCUAAACUAACUUUUUCCGAUAGUGUUAAAUUUGACGCAAUAAUUAAGGACGUUUUCAAAGGUGUUCCAAUAAAUUUGGAGUAUGGAAAUUCUAUGCUUAUUAAAGCAUUGGAAGAGGGGUUUCAUCAAAUAAAACUGAUACCCAACCAACGCCAGAUUAAUAAAUGUUUGGAAUUCUACGAACAACUGAAACAGCGCAUGGGUGUAGCCAUUAUUGGACCUCCCAGUUGUGGAAAGACCACAAUAAGAAAAUUGCUUUUUACUGCAUUAACUAAAGUGAACAAGGUAAUAAAUACCUACGCUUUUAAUCCAAAAAGCAUGAAAAGGUCACAGUUACUUGGAUAUAUAGAUUCAGAUACAAAACAAUGGAAUGAUGGGGUUUUAACAAGUUAUAGUUUAAAGGUCGCAGCAGAGCCUCAAGAAAUUUGGUCUUGGAUAGUCUGCGAUGGUGACAUAGACCCCGAUUGGGUGGAAUCUCUAAAUUCAGUUCUUGAUGAUAAUCGCAUUCUGACUUUUCCCUCAGGAUGGCGCAUUCAGUUUAGAAAGAAUGUUAAUUUUAUAUUCGAAUCGCAUAACUUAACACAUGCCUCACCUGCUACAAUAUCGAGAAUGGGUGUUGUAUUUUUAAGUGAGGAAGAUUUGCAAUCGGAGUUGAUCACUAAAAAGUUUGUUGAAGAAUUAGUCGAAGAAACGAAACCCAUAUUGGAACCGCUGAUUCAAGACUCAUUUAUCAAAGCUGUCAAUUGGAUUGUUAAUGAUGGCGAAGUUACAAUACCAUCUUCAAAAUUAUCACUGACAAAAGCGGGCUUGUCUUUUAUAAGAAAUGUUAAAAACAAAACUGAGUUUGCCGUAGCUCUAGCCAAUGGUCUUGGUCAGCAUCUUCAAUACGAUUUUAUUGAAAUAUUUGUAAAUGAGGUAUUUAAUUGGCUGGGCGAACCUGAACCUCCAUUGCCUUUGAGUUGUCGAUAUAAUGCUGAUAGGGAUAUUAUAGAUACUUACAUGUCCAAUCCCAAUAUUAUUAUAGACAAUGUUUCCAAAGGUUUACCUCUUAUACUGACAGGACAAAUAUUAAAAACUUUAGAUUGUUUAAGAAUAUGGAUGGAAGCAGAUUAUAAAAAGCCUUUCCUUAUGGUGGGUCCUCAUGGCUCUGCAAAAAGACUUAUUUUGGAACAUUUAGUUCAAGAACAAUCCAAUGUUGAACUCCUUACAAUACAUUGCAGCUCCAAUUUAACACCUGCUUAUGUAAUAAGUAAAUUAUCCCAGGUAAAUGAUAAUACUAUUUUUAUACUUUUAUUAAACAAAAUCUAA